UAUUAUAUGUAUUAAUUCAAUUUUUAUAAUGAAUUUAUCUGUUGAACGAAAAGGCACAUUCAAAGUUGAAUAUCUACAAAAAAUUGAAAAUGAAAUCCGAAAGAUGUGGGAGGAUAAUAAUAUGUUUGAAAUAGAUGCUCCACAAAUUCCAAAAAAAUGUAACGAUGAAAAAUUUUUAGCUACCUUUCCGUUUCCUUACAUGAAUGGUAGGCUUCAUUUAGGACAUGCAUAUUCUAUAUCAAAAUGUGAGUUUGCUGCAAGAUACAAUCGUUUAUUAGGGAAAAAUAUACUGUUUCCAUUUGGAUUCCAUUGUACAGGUAUGCCAAUUAAAGCUUGUGCUGAUAAACUUAAAUAUGAAAUGGAAACUUAUGGCUAUCCACCAAAAUAUCCUGUUUUCAAAAAUAAAUUUGAAGAUGAAACUAAUGAUUUUAUUAUAAAUAAAAGUAAAGGCAAAAAGAGUAAAGCAAUAGCAAAAACUGGUAUAGGUAAAUAUCAAUGGCAAAUAAUGCAAAGUCUUGGAUUAAAAGAUUCUGAAAUUAAACUAUUUACUGAUUCUGCAUAUUGGCUGCAUUACUUUCCACCUAUUGCUGUGGAAGAUUUGAAAAAGUUUGGUUUAUGUGUAGAUUGGCGACGUUCUUUUAUAACAACUGAUGCUAAUCCAUUUUUUGAUUCUUUUGUUCAAUGGCAAUUUUAUCAUCUAAGGAAAAAGAACAAAAUCAAGUAUGGUAAGCGCUAUACAAUUUUUUCACCCAAGGAUAACCAACCAUGUAUGGAUCAUGAUAGAUAUUCUGGUGAAGGAAUUGGUCCUCAAGAAUAUACUUUAAUAAAAAUGGAAAUUUUAAAACCGUAUCCCAAAAAACUUCAGUUUCUUCCUAUUAAGCUGCCUGUCUUUUUGGUAGCUGCUACUCUUAGACCAGAAACAGUGUAUGGUCAAACAAAUUGUUGGAUACAUCCAGAUAUAAAUUAUAUUGCUUUUUCAACUGCAAAUGAAGAAAUUUUUAUAUGUACUAAAAGAGCUGCACAAAAUAUGUCUUGGCAAGGUUUUACAAAAUGUGAAGGUAGCAUUAAUAUUCUCAUUAAUUUGAUUGGUUCUGAUAUUUUAGGUCUUUGUUUAAAGACUCCAAAAACAUCUUAUAAUGUAAUAUAUAGUUUACCAAUGUUUACAAUUAAAGAAGAUAAGGGCACUGGAGUAGUAGCAUCAGUACCUAGUGAUUCUCCUGAUGAUUAUGCAGCAUUAAUGGAUUUGAAAAAGAAUAUAUCUUUAAGAAAUAAAUAUAAUAUUAAGGAUAAUAUGAUUUUACCAUAUAAUCCUAUUCCAAUCAUUGAAAUUGAAACAUUUGGAAACUUAUCAGCAGUCACAGUAUAUGAACAGCUAAAUAUACAGUCUCAGAAUGAUAUUAUAAAAUUAAAACAAGCUAAAGAGAUGAUUUAUUUAAAAGGUUUUUACGAUGGUUUGUUAUUAGUUGGAAAAUAUAAAAACAGAAAAGUACAAGAUGUUAAACAAAUUAUAAAAGAUGAAUUAAUAAACAAUAAUGAGGCAGCAAUUUAUUAUGAGCCGGAAAAAACUGUUAUAUCACGAUCGGGAGGUGAAUGUGUGGUUGCUCUUUGCAAUCAAUGGUAUUUAAAUUAUGGAGAUCCAGAAUGGAAGCAUCUAACCAAAAAUGCUUUAGAAAACUUAGAAACUUUCCACAAUGAAGUGAGAAAGAAUUUUCAAGCUUGUCUUGAUUGGCUUCAUGAGCAUGCGUGUUCAAGAACAUAUGGUCUUGGGACAAAAUUACCUUGGGAUAAACAAUGGUUAAUUGAGUCUUUGUCGGAUUCAACAAUCUAUAUGGCAUAUUACACAGUAGCUCAUUUAAUUCAAGGAAAUAGCUUUAAAGGAGACAAACCAAAUAUACUAAAUAUCAAAGCUAACGACUUGACUCCUGAAGUAUGGGAUUAUAUAUUUUUUAAAGAAACAAAAUUACCCUCACCUAAAACUUGUAAAAUUCCAAAAGAAUCUUUAGAAUUAAUGAGAAAAGAAUUUCAUUAUUGGUAUCCUGUUGAUCUUCGUGUUUCUGGUAAAGAUCUUGUUCAAAAUCAUCUCACUUUUUUUAUCUAUAACCACACAGCAUUAUGGCCUAAUCAGCCAGAAUUAUGGCCAAAAGGUAUUCGAGCCAAUGGCCAUUUAUUACUAAAUUCAUCUAAGAUGUCAAAAUCUGAAGGGAACUUCUUAACUCUUUCUGAAGCUCUUCAAAAAUAUUCUUGCGAUGGUACUCGUCUUUGUCUAGCAGAUUCUGGAGAUUCCAUAGAGGAUGCUAAUUUUGUUGAACGUACAGCAGAUGCUGGAAUUCUCAGACUUUAUUCAUUCAUUGAAUGGGUCAAAGAAGUAGUUUUAUCUAAACGAAACUUAUUCCGGCAAGGAGAAUUUACUUUUAAUGAUAAAGUAUUUGAUAGCGAAAUAAAUUUAAAAAUACAAGAAACUGGGGAUCAUUAUAAUAAAAUGCUUUAUAAAGAAGCUCUGCGAACUGGAUUUUUUGAAUUUCAAACAAUUAAAGAUAAGUACCUACAAUUAAGUAUAUUGGAAGGUACACAUUGGGAUCUUUUGUUACGAUUUAUAGAAACGCAAAUUGUACUUUUAUCGCCAAUAUGCCCUCAUGUAGCAGAAUAUGUAUGGAAUUUAAUUGGAAAGAGUGGUAGUAUCUGGUAUACUAAAUGGCCCACAAGUGAUCGAAUUGAUCAAAUUUUAAUAAAAUCUUCACAAUAUCUUAUGGACGCUGCUCAUUUAUUUAGAGUGCGUCUGAUUAAUUAUAAGACACAAAAAAUGAAAAAACAAAAAUGUCCAAUGAUGUCAGUAGAAAAACCUAGUGCAGGAAUUAUUUAUGCAGCAAAAACUUGGCCUUUGUGGCAAAGUUUAAUUCUUACAAGUAUGAAAAAUUUAUACAUAAAAUAUGGUUAUAAUCUUCCAGAAAAUAAGAUUAUUGCUAUUGAAUUAAAAAACAAGGACGAAUUAAAAAAGCAUAUGAAAAAAGUUAUGCCUUUUGUUCAAAUGGUAAAAAAAAAAUUUGACAUUGUUGGUAUUGAUGCUUUUAAUGAAACAUUAGAUUUUAAUGAAAUUGAUGUGCUUUCAAGUAGUUUAGAAUACUUACGUACUACUCUUGAUCUGGAAGAACUAAAUGUUAAAUGUGCAAAUGAAGCAGAAGAUAAUACUAUGGAAGAAUGUUGUCCUGGUACACCAUUUAUCACUUUUAUUGUUAAACCUAACAUAGAUGUAUAUUUUAUAAAUCCUCAAAAAUGUAAUGGUAUAUUUGAUACAUUAAUUAAAAUUAGUGAUGGAGAUACAGUUACACAAGUCAUUUUUAAAAUUAUAAAAGUAAAAAAUAUCAAAGAUUCUUACUCAAUUACUUUGUAUCGUUAUAAAGAUUCAAUUUUAGAUCCACGUAUAAUUCCAACAAAUGAAAAUAUCUUAUUUAAUAAAGAAAAACUAUCAAAUAAUGAUACAUUUUUAAUAGAUUCUGAUAAAAAUACCAUUAACUUAAAAACUGAAAAUAAAAUAGUUGAUGUAGGUAAUCAACUUAUUUAUUGGGUAGAAAUAUAAACGUGUUUAGAUACAAAAAAGUCAAUUUAUAUUGUAAAU